AUGGAAGUUAAUAAUCUUCUGAAAGAUGGAUUUAGCCAGAAUCAAGCAGCUAAUUAUUUGCUUUUUAUUGGAGAAGUUCUAUUACGAGAAUAUUUUACUUCAGAGAAAUCAUUUCAUGUUCAACUGGCUGAACAUUUCUUUCAUAAGAUCUUUGAAAGUAAUUGUUUUAAAAUACAAGCGGAUGAAUUAAGUGGUGCAAGAAGUAAACCUUCUUCGGAUCUUCUGAAAGAAUGUUGUAAGAAAGCACGGAUAAAUUAUGCUUUAAUAAAAAUGAUUACUUCUGGUGUAAGUGGUAUGCAGGCGAGCUAUGACACUAUUGUCGCUCUGAAGAAAUCUCAUCAGUUUUUAAUUUUCGAGGAUAUACACGUGCAAGCGUUAGAUGAUCUACUGUUUGCUUUUGGUUUUUUUGAUGACUUAUUAUCAUAUCCGUCGUUUUUGCGAAAUUUAAGCCAGAAUUUGUCGUUGUUUAACAGAGAAAUAGGUGAACCUUUUGUUAGUUUGAAUCACAUACUGCGCGAAUCGACUAUUCGACUAGAUCAAACCCUCAUUUCUGAUCAAGUUAGGGAAGCGUACAUGAGUGGUAGUCCAAUGUUUCAACAAGUUUUUGAUAUGGCUGUAACAACAAAUAGUAAAAAUAUUUUAUUCACGAUUGAUAGAGAAGAACGCAUUUGUUCUGAACCAUAUGCGUUACAAUUCGCUGCGGAUACGAUGAAGGAUAUACUAACAGAUGAUGGAGAAUCAAUGAAAAAUGUGCCAUCUUCGACUUAUUUGUCAAUACCUGCUAACUGGCGUAAUUUCAAUAACGUGAAAAAUAAUAGGAGAAGUGGUCUUGUACUUCUCCACAGUGAAACAGCUAAAAAUUUUAUGAAAAAUCGAAAGAUGUUUGCAGCUCGUCUUCAUUAUAUAACAACAAAAGUAGGUGAUAAGUCAUCCAUAUCCAUUUUAUGUGAACCAUUGAUAAACUAUCUUCACAGACAGUUAGAACUAUUUAAAGAUAAUGAUGUUGAACAACGCGUUGCUCUUCUGAGGGAAAUAGCAAACAUUCACCGCACUCAGGCAUUAGCGUUGAAUAAAUCCCAUCUUUUAAAUGCUUUGCCUGAAUGGCAUAAUGCAUCUGAUUAUUACGCAGAAGUUCUCAAACUCUCUUCAAACGAUCAGAUAGCCAUAUUGGGCUCUGCGAGAUGUCUCUUGAAUUUUGGCAGAUACAUAGCAGCAGUAAAAGUUUUAAAAAAAGCUUUGGAUUGUGCUGAAAAAUUCUAUUUACUUGGACUAGCCAAACGGAAUAUGCGCUCACAUCGAGAUGCUAAAGAAAACGUUCAGAAAGCUCUUGAUAGUCAAUUUAAAGCUCUAAACAUCGUUCGAAAUAACCAGGCAGCGAUAUUACGCUUUGUCAGGUAUCUCUUAGAGCUUGGCAGAUACAGAGCAGCAAAGAACGUUUUAAAAGAAACUGAGAAUUGUGCUGAAAAAGUUGAGUUACUUGAACUAGUCAAACGAAAUACGCGCUCACAUCAAGAUGCUAAAGAAAACGUUCGAAAAGCUGCUGACGGUGAUUUCGAAGAAGCUUCAGCCAGACGAGAAGAUGUUCAAAAAGCUCUCGACGGUGGUCUUGAAGAAGCUUUAGCAGAGUUGUGUGUAAUAGAUAAAAUUCCAAGUAGAAGAAAAAAGCAAGAACGAGAAUAUACAACGAGCAGAGCAGAUCGACAUGAGAAUUCAUCAAACACCUAUAACAUUCUUUCUAUUGAUGGUGGAGGAAUGCGUGGAUUAAUACCCGCUUUGUGGCUAGCUGAGAUUGAGCGAAAGACAAAACGACCUUGUGCCGAUUUAUUUCAUAUGAUGGCGGGCACAUCGACUGGUGCUAUUAUCGCAGCUGGACUAUCGGUACCUCAGUCUGACCAUCUAAGAGAGCCUUAUAAGGCUUCUGAUAUCGUUAAAUUGUAUAAAGGAGAACGGGCCUCUGUAUUUACGCGAUCCUGUUGUUGGAAUUUGAAUGCGCCACGAUACGAUGAUCGCGGUCGUCAGCAGCUGUUUAACAGCUACUUUCAUGAUUUUCGACUUUCACAAACUUUGACUGACGUGGUAAUACCAGCGGUGAGAGAAGGCCAAAACUGUACAGUAAGUUUUACUAAACGACAAGGCCUUUUAGAUCCUUCAAAAGAUUAUAAGUUAAAAGAUGUUCUCAUGUGUACCACAGCCGCUCCUUUUUAUUUUGAACCCUAUGCAAUGAACGACGCUAAGUACCUUGAUGGAGGAAUUCAGGCUAAUAAUCCGGCAAAGAUCGCUUAUCAGGAAGCUAAGAAUUAUAGUAAAGAGAAUAUUUUUAUGUUAUCUCUAGGUACUGGAGAUUACGUACCGUAUCCGUUGAAAAAAGAUGUGAUUCGCGGUAACGUUUUCUGGUUUAUAAACUUGAAAGAAGUUAUAAAACGUUUUCUAGACGGUCCUCAAGAAGACAGUGAGCGGCUUGUCCAAGCGUGA